AUGAACUUGCCAGGCUGGGACCAACCCAAUGAGAACAGGGGGCCUGAGAUUAUCGGUGUCGUGGCGACGGUAACUCUUCUCGCCCUUAUUACCGUAGGCAUGAGGAGUUAUGUUCGUUUGAAGGUUGUGAAUAUGUUCGGACCCGAUGACUGGGUAAUCAUCAUAGCAAUGAUGCUGUCCCUCACUGGCCUCGGUAUCGUAGCAGGUGAAGUAACAUACGGCGCUGGUCGCCAUACAGCAUACCUUGACCCUGAUACCAACAGCUAUGGGUUGAAGCUCAACUUUUUCUCUCAACCCAUCUACCUAUGGGCCACCCCACUAGUCAAGGUGUCUGUCGGGUUCUUCUUGGUGAGACUAUCGCCGACAAAGUUGUACCGUCGCGUCCUGCAGGGUACCAUAGUAUUUCUGGUGGUGUACACUUUCAUGUGUUUCACGACGUUGCUUCUACAAUGCAAGAACUUAGCGGUAAUAUGGGACCUGGAAGUUAAAACGACAUGUUGGCCAAUCACUACAUUGCUUGGUCUGAGUUAUGCGAACUCGACUAUUAAUAUCCUGACCGACAUAUUAUUUGCAUUGGUUCCAAUCCCUAUGCUUUGGAACGUUCAGAUCAAUGUUCGCACAAAAGCCUCGUUAAUCUGCAUUCUGGGCCUUGGCGUCUUUGCAAGUGCAGCUGGAAUCGUCAAAGCCGCGUACAUACCGAAUUAUGGCAAGACUGGAGACUUCAUGUGGGAUUCUGCCAACCUCACUAUCUGGGUCGCGUAA